AUGUUUUUGCCCCAGGAAGUCAUUGACACCAUCGUGUUCUCGCUCCUUGCCCCCGUGUACCAGUCGGAGAACGGGGCGGGUAGCACGCAAUGGAUUGACGGGCGUGUUUUCAAGACCAACACCUGCAGAGAUAAGCUUGACAUUGGCCAUCGUACGGCCUUCGACCGUGAGGCCGUCUGCAACAUACGCCUAGUAUCUCUUGCAUGGUACUGUAGCGCCACGAAACUUCUUGAGAGACACAUGUCAUGGCACCUAGACCUUGACUCGGACUAUUCGCUUGCCAAGAUAAGGCAGCUGUGCGUUGAUGAGGUGGGGGUUGGGAGACUGCUCCCAACCCGAAGUAUUGUCAGGAGACUGAAGGUAUUGCCGAUCAAGACGAGUAUAGCACCAAAUUCGAUGGCCUAUGAAAGGAUAGAAGGGCAGGCAACUGAGGAGGAGUUGUUGCAAUGGCCCAAGGAUAGCGCGGCAGCGUACCGACGUUUCGCGCGCUACUGCUAUUCCAAUGCUAACGGAGAAGAAGCUCGUCUAAGCUUACUCCGCCGCUUCUUGGAAAGUCUGAUCUACAUCGAAUCUUUGGACAUCGCCUUCCCAGAAGCCAACGUUCUUUGGGUUGAUCAGCGCGCAGAGUCAUACAUCAUGGAUAUAGUUCGAAGACUUUCGCGGGAAGUCCGGUAUGGAUUAGGGACAGAGGCGUUCGCUUGUUUGCAGGAUCUCCGCGUUUCUCUCCCGGGAACAUACGAUGUCAAAUUCUACCUUUCCGGAAUGAGCCAAGCCGCGCGGGACAGGCUCAAAAACCUGUUCAUAGGGAUCCAAGACGCUACGGGAGCUGCUGGAUGCCAUGAAUAUAUCCGGCAUCCUUGGACAAGGACGGAAGACUUGGACGGGACGGUUCUUGACUCCCGAGGGACAGUGUUGCAAAAUCCACCAAGCCGCCUGCAGCUGUAUAGAACGAAUAGGCAUUACCAAUACCAUGUGUGGGAAUUCAUUUCCUCCUGCCACAAUCUUACAUCCUUGGGCGUCAAGGCAACUCAUUACCUGGACCUGCGGAACCUCACACAGGAAAGCUAUUCUCGGCUUCAUGGUCUGAAGGAACUCUAUCUUUCUCGUGUUUACGUGGAUAUGAAAUCCAUAUUACGGCUGCUACUGCCCAAGGAAUGGGACAAGACGACACCGGCGAGCCUACAAAAUCUCACUCUCGCAGAUGUGAAGAUGCAUCCAGACGGCGGUACUUGGUGUCAAGUAAUGCAAUUCCUCUCGGAUCAUUGUGCCAAUCUCGACUAUUUGUCGCUGUCAAGGCUUUCCUACUUUUGUGAUCACCCGAGAGCCUGCCCUCGAGAUCAAAUGCAUCGGAAGCCUGCAGAAAUCAUCGCAACGCGGAAUGAGGAGGACAUUGAGUCGGCCCGCAGGAUUGUAGAACGGUUUCUACGGCGGGAGGGAGGCAUAUUAAACUACCCCGACGUUUAUUUGCAUAUGGCAGUUGAAUUGGGAUAUGACGAAUACAACUGUGAAUGGGGCAAAAUCUGA